AUGCAAAGGGCAAGAAAAGAAGAAAAAAUACUUCAGCAGCAGCAGCAACAGCAGCAACAGCAGCAGCAAGGCGAGCACCAAGGGCAAGCGCAGCAGCAGCACCAGCAGCAGCAGCAAAGGGGACAGAGGUAUGGAAGAAGAGAGAGGGCUACAGCUGAUGCCGUCACUCCUACAUAUUCUACAGCAACAGCAGCAACAGGAGCAGCAGCAGGAGCAGCAGCAGCAGCAGGAGCAGCAGGAGCAGCAGCAGCAUCUCCUUGGAAUGGAUUUGAUGCUGAGGCGUCGCUCUUCAUUAGGCGUGCACGACACCGAGGGUCUGCGGCGCUGCAGCAAACGCAGGCAGCAGCAGAGGCUGCUGCUGCUGCAGCAGCAGCAGAGGCAAGAAGCCCUGAGGGUUGUAGCAGCAGCAGCAGCAGCAGCAGCAGCAGCAGCAGCAAAUGCCUAGAUGUAGAUGAUCUUGUGUCUCUUCUUGCUGCUGAUGCUUGUUGGGGUUUGUCUCCUAAUAAACAUAAACACACACCAACAAGGGCUAUGGCUGCAUACAUGAUAGAACACGUGCGGGCUGCAUGCAGCCCAAGCCCACCCAAGAACCGCAACACAGAGCAGCAGCAGCAGCAGCAGCAGCAGCAGCAGCUGACGCCAUCCCGCCAUACUGCUCAUGGAGCCCUAGAGCUGCAGCAGCAAAUAGGUAGUUUUGCUGCUGCAGCAGCAGCAGCAGCAGCAGGUUCUUCUUCUAUGCCUUUAGGGACUCCUCUUCGUGCCCGCGCGUACAGCAGCAGCGCGACACCGCAGACACCUCAAACAACAGCAGCAGCUGCUGCUGCAGCUGCAGCAGCAGCUGCUACUGAAGCACAACAAACACCAGCAACAACAGCAGCAGCAGCAGCAGCAGCUGCAGCAGCAGCAGCAGCAAAUGGAGGUACGCCUCCUCUUACAUUACCUGAAUUUACCGCCAUGAUGGAGUUUACGUUUACAGAAGAUGCAAAGAAAAUAGCAAGGACUCAAUUAGCUGCUGUUGCUGCAGCAGAGAGCAGCAACAGCAGCAGCAGCAGCAGCAGCAACUGCUGCUGCAGCUGUUGCAGUUGUGGUAACUGUAGCAGCAGAAGUAGCAGCAAUAGUAACACACCUAUAAGAGGGAGAUGUAUGGAUAGACCCACAGGAUGCAUGCGCUGCCACACACCCGUGCAGCAGCAGCAGCAGCAGCAGCAGCAAAAGAGGAAGAUUGCCUCUUGCAGCUGCUCCCGCUGCAGCAGUGCCUCGUGCAGUAACUGUAGCAGCAACAAACGCAGCAGGUGCUGCAGCAAUAGCGGGACUCCCCCACGGUAUAUACAGCAGCAACAGCAGCAGCUGCAGCAACUGCAGCAGCAGCAGCAGCAGCAAGAAGGGACAGCAGAAGCUCUUUUGCUUGGAGAGACACAAAGGGGAUCUCCGGGUAUUCAGAAGCGCUGCUGCUGUCUGCAUAAAUCUGCUGCAGCAGCAGAAGCAGCAGCAGCAGCAGCAGGUGUACCAGAUUCACCGCACGUUUGUCGUGAUGAUACAGACACAACAGCAGCAACAGCAGCAGCAGCAACAGCAGCAGCAACAGCAGCAGGAGAUCUUAUUGAGGUUCCCCCUGGCAGCCCGCUGCAUCCGUUGCAGUGUCUCCUAGAUAAUGCUGUCUGCUCGCGCAGCGACAGCAGCCUCCCUCCUGUGCUGCCACAGGCAGCAGCAGCAGCAGCAGCAGCAACUGCAGCAGCAGCGGCAGCAGCAGCAGCAAAUGCUGCUGCCGAAAGGUAUCGGCAACAGGAAGCGCAAGAGAAGCUGCAACAGCAGCAGCAGCAACAGCCGCAGCCGCAGCAGCAGCAGCAGCCACAGCAGCAGCAGCAGCCUAGAAGGCCUGGAGCUGUGCGGUUAGUUGCCGCUGCUGCUGCUGCAACAGCAGCAGGAGUAAGCCGUCUGCUGCAGCGCAGCAGCAGCAAGCCGAGUCGUCCUACUAGCUGCAGCCCGAAGCAUACAUCUGCAACACAACAAGUACGGCCUGCUGCUGCUGCAGCAGCAGCAACGACAACAGCAGCAGCAGCAAAUGCUGCUGCUAUUGGCCCUUCAUCACCUACAGCAGCAAAUCGCGUUGUGCCGCUGCACAAACGGCGUGCUGCUACUGCUGCUGCUGCUGCUGCAGUGGCAGCAGCAGCAGCAGCAACACCUCGCAGUGCUGGAAGAACCCCCUGCAGCCGCGUGCUGCCUGCAGCAGCAGCAGCAGCAGGACCAUUUGCUGCAACUCCAGCAGCAAGAGCAGGAACAGUUGCUGCUCCUGCUGCAGCACCGCAGCAGCAGCAGCAGCAGCAGCAGCAGCAGCAGCUAAGGGGACGGCCCCUAACAAGGGCUGCGUUAAAGGCAACUGUUUCCGUGCGUCCUUCUCCGACAGCAGCAGCAGCAGCAGGAGCAGCAAAUGCUGCUGCUGCUGCUGCUAAUACUACUCCGCGUGGGGAAGGAGCAGCAGCAGCUGCUAGGGAGACACAGCAGCAGCGCGUUGCUGCUGUGCUCCUUGGACGCCGUGCAACAGCAGCAGCAGCAGCACCAUCACCGCGUCCGACUACAGCUUCUCGAAUUGCUGCUGCUGCUGCUGCAGCAGCAGCAGCAGCAACUGCGGCAAGCAGAAGUCGGCAUGCCUCUGUCUCUCCUUUGUCCGGCGCAUCGAGGAGGGGAGGGACUCCGGUUGCUGCUGCUGCUGCUGUCUCCCCUACACAUGCAAGGACAGCAGCAGCAGCAGCAGCAGCAGCAGCAGCAGCUAGAGACGUGUCUUCUGUUGCAUCUCCAAGGAGAUCUCCCUUGGCAGCAUCUUCUUUUGGCAGCAGUGCUGCUGCUGCUGCAGUUGCUGCUUCUGCUUCUGCUGCUGCUGCAUGCAGUGCAAGGACUCCCCGUUCCUUGCAGCUGCAGCAGCAGCACGUGCAGCAGCAGCAGCAGCAGCAGCUCCAUCGCCGGGCUGCCCUUCUUCGUAGCCACAGUGUACAGACACCAAAAGCAAGCGGCUUCUCGCAUGUUGCACGUGCCGCUGCAGCAGGAGCAGCAGCUGCUGCUGCAUGCGCAGCAGGACCUGUUCCUGCUACGUCUGCUGCGUCCCCCGUUGCAUCACCAACAGCAGCAGCAGCUGCUGCAGCAGCAGCAGCAGGGAGACAAGGGAGCUGCUCAAGAGCAGCAAAGGGCGAAUAUUAA